GAAGUUUAGCUGUUGUUGACACACUGGAAGAAAAUGGCUGCUGCUCCGACUUUUUUUCAAUGAAGACACCGAUAUUUCAAUUUCAUUUCAUUUUCUUACAUCGGAGCUACAGUCGACCGCUAUGCAAUCUAAAAGGCUGUGAAUGGUCACUUUAGGGAGGUGACAGUGUGGGUCAGAAAGGUCAGCAUCGUCUACCGUCACUCAGCUUGAAGCUGGCGGUGGACCACAAUGCAACAAGUUUUGGAAUAUGCAUUGGAUCGAGCCGAGUACAUUGUUGAAAGUGCUCGACAACGACCAGCCAAGCGAAGAAUAUCAUCUGGCGGGAGGAAGAGUUUAUAUCAGAAGCUCUAUGAGCUCUACAUAGAGGAAUGUGAGAAAGAGCCAGAGUUAAAGAAUUUGAGGAGAAAUGUGAAUCUACUGGAGAAGCUGGUGUCUCAGGAGUCUGUAUCAUGUCUGGUGGUUAAUCUGUACCCUGGGAAUGAAGGCUAUUCUUUAAUGCUCAGGGGCAAAAAUGGAUCUGAUUCUGAAACUAUUCGCCUGCCAUACGAAGAAAGAGAAUUGCUGGAGUACCUUGAUGCUGAGGAGUUGCCACCUAUUCUGGUGGAUCUGUUGGAGAAAUCACAGGUGAACAUCUUCCACUGUGGCUGUGUAAUAGUAGAGGUCAGAGACUACCGGCAAUCUGGUAAUACCAAGAUUCCCACCUAUCAGAGCAGACACAUCCUGCUGCGGCCAACCAUGCAGACUCUAAUCUGUGAUGUCCAUGCCAUGACCAGUGAUCACCACAAGUGGACACAGGAUGACAAACUGCAGCUGGAGAGCCAGUUGAUUUUGGCCACAGCUGAACCUCUGUGCCUGGACCCCUCCAUUUCUGUUACUUGCACAGCUAACCGCCUGCUCUACAACAAACAGAAAAUGAACACUCGCUCCAUGAAACGGUGUUUCAAGAGGCACUCUCGAGCUGCAUUGAACAGACAGCAGGAGCUGUCCCACCUGCCCAUACCACCACAGCUACGACUCUACGACUACCACAGAGAAGAAAAGAGAGGAAACCGGAGCUCAGGACAGCACUGUAAGCGGGGGAAAGUUGGUGACUGUGUUGACAUGUGGAAGCAGAACAACUGCCAACUAACUGUGCCCAAGGAAAUUGAUGUGGAAAAGUAUGCUGUGGUUGAGAGGUCUUUGCAGUUGGAGGACUCUCAGCCUAACACUGUGAUCUGGCCUGCUGAGGAAGUAGUAGAUGACUACACAUUUGAGUGUGAGGUGGGGGGACAAGCUCAGAGGACCAAGGUGUCUAUCUUUCAGUCAAUGGGAGACCCGCUUGUGUAUGGGAAGAUCUACUGUGCUAAAGAAUCAAAAGCAGAGGAUGACAGCUCAGACCUAAAGCUCAUACAUCCCCCUUUCCUCAUAGGGUCAAAGAUCGAUGCAGACCGGUUUCUCACUCAGUACAAAGGCGUGUAUGAGAGAGAUGUCAAGUGUCAGGUCAAGAUGUCCCAUAACUCAGGCAACAUGGGACAGGGGCCUCCCUCCCCCAGCAAAGAUGAGGGUGAUGGUAUUUCUCCACUGGUCCAGACUUCUCUGUUGGGAAAAGGCGUGAAGCACAGACCCCCUCCCAUCAAACUGCCGUCAGGAUCCGGAAGCAGCUCCUCAGGUAAUCCAUAUAGUUCACAAACCACCAGUGGUCUACUUAAGUGUCCUACACCCCCUCCAGCCAAAAGCCAGUCUCUGAACAGAAAGCACUCCAUGGACCUGGGCCAGGUGGGCCUGCUCUCACCUGCCUCCCUCUCCCCAAUGGGAUCCAAUCAGAGAUCAGGAACCCCCAAGCCAUCUACCCCGACACCCACCAACACGCCAUGCUCGACCCCUCAUCCCUCUGACGCCCUCUCAGCCCCUCUCUCAGUGACCCCUACCCCUUCAGACCCUCCCUUGGUUCAGAGCCAGUCACAGAAUGCCCUCCUCACGCCUUUCGCCCAACAACCACUGGCUUUAAGCCAGCCGCUGCCUGUCAUGACCAUUCCCCUGCCCACCAUGGGUACAUCCAUCACCACAGGAACUACAUCGUCACAGGUCAUGGCCAAUCCAGCAGGGCUCAAUUUUAUCAACGUGGUCAGCUCUGUCUGCAGUCCUCAGACUUUGAUGAGUGGCUCCAACCCCAUGCUGGGCACAGGCUUAAACCUGAGUGGACUCCUCCCAACUGGAGGGUUGAUGCCCACCAUGCAGUCUGCAGCCCAGGCGGGGAGUCCUUUUGGCCUGAAUAGCGGUGCUGGGUUGAGACCUCUGAACCUACUGCAGAUCCCCACUGCUCCUCUCAUCUUUAAUUCUCUGCAGCAGCAGCAGCUGUCUCAGUUCUCCCCACAGCAGAGUCAGUCAGCCACAUCCAGUCCUCAGCAGCAGGGGGAGACGAGCGACCAGGGGUCAGAUCAAAGUUUAGGGAACCAGCAAACGGCAGUCAUAAACCUGGGAGUUGGAGGCUUCAUGUCUCCACAGGCAGCAGUUGCGAUUCUUGCACCACCAAAUGCAGCAGCAGCAAAUGGCUAUGGGAGCAGCAGCUCUGCAGGGGGGAGCGCCGCGGCACCAUACCGCCAGCCAACCAAGAAGUAAGAGGAAGAGGAGCACGCCUCAGCCCCUCCCCAAGUCAUGACAGACUAAAAUCACACUAAAACCUUUUCCCCACUUCUCUACAAGGACGUGAAUGAUCCAUAUUGUGCUCUUUGUCUGCCUCACUGUCAAGAGUGCAGGCAAAAAAAAACAAAACAAACAAAAAAAAACACACACUUUUCUGUCUUUUCUGUUUGUCUUUUCUAGCUGACAAAUUUGUAUGUAAUGGUUGUCAGAAGUUUUGGAGAACCAAAACUGUGUCCACCAUAGAGGAUUUUUUUUUUUUUUAGAAAAUGGAAGCCCUAAAAUUAAUAAUCUUAUUGCUAUUUUUUAAGAUGAAACAGAAGAUGUUUGUUGUAAGUAGCGGGCUUCCACAAUAAUGCAUCGGCCCUUCUGGAAGAAUGGAGGCCCUGUGAACUGAGAGGCUCGUGGAUGCACGCUCUCAGAGGACUCCGCUCAAGGCUGCCUGACCCUCCUGCCUCUACUCGGUCGACCCUGGUAGAAACUGCCCUUUAAGCACGGAUCCCAACUGAGCUUACUGACACCAAAUCCUCCCUAUAGUACCAUUACAUGUGAAAUGCAAAUCUGAUCUUGGAAUUGUGCCUGGGGGCAGCGCUCUACCUCUCAGUCUGUUGAAAGUCUUUCUUCUCUUAGCAGUCCCGGCACAGGGCUCAAACAAGGACUCAAGAUCAACAUGCAAGAAGGUGUAUCUGCUUUCGUAUAGCACAUUUGGAAAAAGGCAUUUCCUUUUAAUUAGUUCAGGAGCCAUGAGCGUGUUCUUACGAGACAUCAGUGUGUGUGUGUGAGAGACAUUUCCAGACACUGAGAAAUAAUUUUUUAAGCAGUCUUUGUCAGCAGUUUUAUUGUUAUUAAAAAAAAAAGAAUAUAUAUUGACAGUGGAAAAUACAGCUUUUAGAUAAAAAAA